UCUUCUGGGUUGUAACUUCUUUGUUUUCCUGCUUUUUGUUACAACUUCACCAUUUGAGUAUGACUUUUAUUGUAUUUUUCUCUUUUUCGUUUCUCUCUGUGCUUAUUUGAUUUUCUUCCAAUUAUCGAUCCUCGUGUUUGAAACGCAGCCUCUUGGUCUCGUCUACUGUGCGGUGACUUAUUUUAUUUAUUUUUCUUUUUCUCUUUCGUGUUUUUUGUUUUCUUUUGCCUUGUUUCAUGAUUUUAGUGAACUCUAUCUUUUUCUCCAUUUUGUUGUACUCUUCUUGUUCCUUUGUGCAUAGACUGACACACUUGAAAGUCAUGACACGUGUUCAGAGGAUUUGGUUUAAAGGUUUGUGCUUUGAUGCUUCUGUUUUGGUUUCUGAAGGACUUUCAGAAGAGACCAGAAGGGUUGUUUGAGGACUGAAGUUUGAGCUUUUAUGCAAAGAUUGGUCAUAAUGGAUCCACGACUUUGUGGGUUUAGUGGUCCCCCUAAUGAAGUCCGGUUAGGAAAUCAGAGAUUUGAAAAUGGUUUCUUUGAUCAAAGUAGGGACUUUAGUUACCUUCAAUCCAAUCUAGUUCCUUCCAAGACGCCUUCUUCGUCCUCGGUUUUGACUCAUGAGGAACCUUCUCCGGAGGAAUGUGAAUUUUCUGAUGCAAUUUUGAGUUACAUCAGUCAGAUCCUUAUGGAGGAAGACAUGGAAGAUAAGACAUGUAUGCUGCAUGACUCUUUGGAUCUUCAAAUUGCCGAGAGAUCAUUCUAUGAGGUGAUAGGUGAAAAGUACCCUUCUUCGCUUUUAGGAAAUCCAAGUCCUGUUGAUCCAGGUGGUGGGGUUGGGGAUCAUAAUUUCUCUGAAAAUUAUGGCACCUGUUCUUACAAUGAUGGUGAUCUCAGUAGCAUUUUUACUAAUUUUCGUCAAAACUUGGGGGAACUCCCUAACCAUAAUUUACGAGCCAAUAGCAUUUCACAGUCAUCUUGUAGCUCUUCAAAUAGUGUGAUAAGUAGUGUGGAAGGACCUGUGGACUCUCCAAGCAGUAUUCUCCAGGUUCCUGAUCUUAACAGUGAGAGUCAAUCCAUUUUGCAAUUUCAGAAGGGUGUUGAGGAAGCUAGCAAGUUUCUUCCAAGUGGAAAUGAUCUCUUUGCUAAUUUGGGUGUGGCUAAUUUUUCAAAACUAGAGCCUAAAAUGGGGUGCGAUGAAUUGUCAGUUAAGGUGGAGAAGGAUGUGGGGGUGUCUUUUCUUGCUGGGUCCAAAGGAAGGAAACAUCAUCUCAGGGAAGAGGUGGAUGUUGAAGAAAAUAGAAGCAGCAAGCAAGCUGCAAUUUUCUCUGAACCUACAUUGACAUCAUCUUCUAUUGAUGUAAUCCUGCUUCAUAGUUUAGGGGAUGGUAAGAAGGUUUUGAUGGCCCGUCGUGAGGCUUUGCAAACUAAGAAUGACAAGAUAGCACUGUCAAAUGGUAAAUCAAAGGUUCCCAACAGUGGUAAGGGACGUAGUAAGAAACAAAGUGGGAAAAAGGAAGUGAUUGAUUUGAGAACACUUUUGGUUCUUUGUGCACAAGCUGUUGCAGCGGAUGACUAUAGUGGCGCACAUGAGUUUCUAAAGCGGAUCAGGAAGCACUCAAGCCCUUUUGGGGAUGGAAAUCAGAGGUUGGCCCAUAUCUUUGCUGAUGGCCUUGAAGCGCGCUUGGCUGGGACUGGUAGCCAAAUUUAUAAAGGACUUGUGAGCAAAAGAACAUCAGCUGCUGAUUUUCUGAAGGCCUAUCAUCUGUAUCUUGCUGCUUGCCCUUUUAGGAAGAUGUCUAGUUUUAUCUCUAAUGUCACAAUAAGAGAAUCUUCCACAAAUUCAGCAAGAGUCCAUGUUAUAGAUUUUGGUAUCCUUUAUGGUUUCCAAUGGCCUACUUUUAUUCAGAGACUUUCAUUAGUAGUUGGAGGGCCACCUAAACUUCGAAUUACAGGAAUAGACUUCCCACAACCUGGUUUCAGGCCUGCUGAGAGAAUUGUAGAAACUGGACGCCGCUUGGCAGCUUAUGCUGAAUCAUUUAAGGUGCCAUUUGAGUAUAAUGCUAUAGCAAAAAAGUGGGAAACAGUUCAGCUUGAGGAACUGAAGAUUGAUAGGGAGGAAUACCUUGUUGUCACCUGUUUUUAUCGUGGUAAAAAUGUGCUUGAUGAAUCUGUGCUCGUGGACAGUCCGAGGAACAAAUUCCUCAGUUUGAUAAGGAAGAUCAACCCGGAUUUAUUCAUUCAUGGCAUUACUAACGGGGCCUUUAAUGCGCCUUUCUUUGUUACUCGAUUCAGGGAGGCACUGUUUCACUACUCUUCACUUUUUGACAUGCUUGAAACUAUUGUGCCUCAAGAGGACUGGGAGAGGAUGCUAAUAGAGAAAGAGAUUUUUGGCAGGGAAGCAUUGAAUGUCAUAGCUUGUGAAGGGUGUGAGAGAGUAGAGAGGCCAGAGACAUAUAGGCAGUGGCAAGCCCGGAUUCUUAGGGCUGGAUUUUCGCAACAAUCUUUUGACCAUGCUUUAGUAAAGAGGGCAAUAGAGAAAGUAUCAACUAGCUACCACAAGGAUUUUGUUAUUGAUGAAGAUAGCCAGUGGUUGUUGCAAGGUUGGAAGGGGCGGAUUGUUUAUGCCCUUUCUUGUUGGAAACCAGCAUGACUAUCCAAGAUGGUACAAGUGCAUCUCACUAGGGCUUUGCAAAUUGGUUUGACUCUUGAGAAGCUCAGGGUUCAAGAUUAAAGUAGGGGUUCAAUCUGAGUUCAGUUGGGGAAAACAGGAUUACCGAAUAGCCUGGUAUGACAGUAGUUAAUCCAUGUUAUUCCUAUAGAUCAUUUUGAAUUCUGUUUUAUGAUACCUCACGUGAGGGCUGUCUUAUGAUCAUGAUCCAAUCUAAUGUGGUGGAUGAAUUUAGCAUGUAACAAGAACAGUUAUUGCUGUAACUCAUUUUGAGCUUUCUACCUUAAUAUUUCUGAUAGUUUGAUGCUUAACUGAUGAUAAUGGCUUGUGUAUUUCCUCCUAACCAUUAAUGGAAUAUUUACUUUGGGAGAUAUGUUGCACACCAGAUGGCAUGUUGCUAUUCCACCUGUGUCAAGGGCAAAAGUUUGAUUAGGUCCACCUAGCUUUGAUGCUGCAAUUGGUCAAGUCUGGAAGUGAUGUGAAAAUUGUAGAUCUCUUCACAUUUGCUUUUGAAGACUUGUUUCAACAUUUGACCCAUAAUGGAUGGUGGGGGCCACUAUUUAGAAAUUUGAACCCUGUUACUGGUACAGAGUUUCCUUGUUGAACUAUUACUGGAGAAACAUUUUCUCAAUGUAUGAUUUCAUUUGAGGUUUACAUUUACUACUUAUUUAGACCCGUACUCAAAUCUGUAGUUGGUCAUCAUUCAUCACUCACAAUUCACCAUUUGCCUUUCCCUUUGGUGGGUAGCUGAUGAAAGUUGUUCUAUAGAACAGUGGUGGCACAAUGAUUUGAACAUGUUCCUAGGAUGCUAUUGAAACCUUUCACCACUAGCUCAUUCUUGUAACUUGAAGCUAUUGAAAGUGCAUCAGAAGAAAUUCUAUUUUAUA